GCGUUUCGGAGAUUGUUGCUACUCUGCUCGUCGGCGGCGCCGUCUGCGUCCCUACUGAGACUCAGCGAAUGGACCCUAGCCUUCUCGGAGAUUUCGUCACGACAGCCGCGACCAAUUGGGCUCUUCUUACCCCUCUUAUAGCCCAGCUUCUGUCGCCGCAAAAUGCUCGUUCUCUUCGAACCCUCGUCAUCGGAGGCGAUUCUUUGACCGCCAAGGUCGCGGCACCGUGGCUCGCGGCUGGCGUGACAGUAGUCAACGCAUACGGCCCAACCGAAGCCUGUGUGCUCAUCAGCGCCAACAAUGUCCAGGAUGCGAAAUCGGCUCCUAGUAUCGGUCGCGGUGUCGGCUUCCGCACUUGGGUCGUCGACCAGGAGGACUGUACUAAGUUGGUUCCGGUUGGCCAGGUCGGAGAGCUGCUCAGCCAGGGACCAUCACUUGCAGACGGGUAUCUCAACGACGUCGACAAGAGCAACGCGGCAUUCAUACCGGCACCAGCCUGGGCCCUCCGUGGAAAGACUUCACUCGCUGGGGUGAGGGCUUAUCGCACUGGAGAUCUUGUCCGGUACAUCAGCGACCACGGUGACCUCCAGUACGUUGGCCGCCGGGACACACAAGUCAAGCUCAACGGACAACGCAUCGAGCUUGGCGACAUUGAAGAACAUUUACGAGCCUGCCUUCCUGAUGUGUCGCAGAUUGUCGUGGAAAUUAUUGGGGGCGCGAGAGAGCCAGAAGGAGGCAACGACAUGCUUGCCGCCUUCUUCUGUUCCAAUGGCACGCAGGUUCCUAUCGGCGCGGCGGAAGCCGACAUCCUCGCCGAGCUCACACCACACGAUCAUGAGAUGCUGGCCAAAGCUGUGGCUCAUCUUGAGAGUCGGCUACCAUCCUACAUGGUUCCGUCACUUUUCAUCCCGCUCCGCGUCCUGCCGACAACAUCAAGCGCCAAGGCGGACAGGAAACUACUGCAUCGCCUCAUUUCUGACCGGACGGCACUGGAUAUUCGCGAGGCCUACAGCAUUGGGUCAAAGGACCUGGAAAAUCACGAGCCAGAAACAGAAAUGGAACGGCUCCUACAGCAGCUUUGGGCAGAGACCCUCCACCUGCCGUCGGACUCGAUCGGCCUCAAUACACAUUUCAUCCGCGCUGGCGGCGAUUCUGUUAGCGCCAUGCGCUUGGUUGGCACUGCACAACAGCGCGGUAUCUCUCUGAGUGUUGCCGCCAUCUUUGAGAAUCCCACUCUUCAGGCCAUGGCACAAACAGCUAAGGUAGUAGCUGUCCAUGAACUAGGCGACAUCGCCCCGUUCAGUCUGCUCCCGCCUGCAUUUGGCGGUGUCGAAGCUUUGCGUCUAGACGCUGCUCGCCUAUGCUCCCUAAUGCCCGAGCAGGUAUUGGACAUCUAUCCGGUCACAGCGCUGCAAGAAGGUAUCAUGAGCCUGUCACAACAGGGCGACAAUGCCUAUGUUGCUCGCAACGUCUUCCGCCUGCCCCCAACCAUGGACGUUGACAAACUUAAGAGAGCUUGCGAAGUUGCUUACACCAACCAUGCAAUUUUGAGGACUAGAAUGGUCAUGCUACAUGAUCUGACCUUGCAAGUUGUCGUCGACGAUGAGUUGAAAUGGCGCAGUGGCACGACACUCAAGUCGUACGUUGCUCAAUGCAAGGCAGAGCCCAUGACUUUCGGCGCGCCCUUGUCUCGCUUUGGCAUCGUAUCGACAACUACGAAUGAGACCUGGUUCAUUCUGACACUCCAUCAUGCCAUUUACGAUGGGUGGAGCUCCAAGUUGUUGAUCGAUGCCGUCAUGUCGGCAUACGAGGCCCCUGGGAACAUUCAGACUCAGGCUCCCUCGGCACCAUUCAAUCGCUUCAUUAAAUAUCUGGUUGAGGAUUGCGUCGAAUUUGCAUCCGCGGACUUUUGGCGCAACCAAAGUGCUGGAUUUGAAUCUUUCACAUUUCCUCAGGCUCCCCGUCGGCCGUCUUCCACUUCGCAAUGGGCCCGACUUCGACAGGAACUCCCCUUGGCAAGGCACGCCGAUGCUGAUGUCACGACAAAUACCCUGCUACGAACAGCAUGGGCUCUGACCCUUUCCGUGCAUGCCGAUACGUCUGACGUCGCUUUUGGUGCAACAAUCUCAGGCCGCAACGUUCCUGUCCCUCAGAUUGAAAUGAUGGUUGGUCCGACGUUUGCGACAGUGCCGGUUCGCGUCACCAUGCAGGGUGCUACGCCCAUUCAGAAGCUACUGUCCGACGUGCAAAGGUCAUCCAUCGACAUGGUUCCGCACCAGCAAUUUGGUCUUCUGAAGACACGCGAUCUGAGCCCAGAUGCCCAAAACCUGUGCUCGUUCAAGACGUUGCUGGUGGUGCAGUCGAGUGAUCAGGAAUCUCUUCGCGGAUCCGAGGGGAGCGACUUCGACCAGGUUCUCAAUGUGGCAGCCGGCGAAGAUGACCACGAUAGCAUCUUCCGUUCAUACGCAAUCACCUUAGAGUGCUCUAUGCAUGGGAGUGGUAUUACUGUUGACGCCCACUACGACACCAACAGCAUCGCGCCGGAAAUGAUGGUCAUGGUCCUCAAUCACUUCCGCCGUGCUUUCAUCAAUCUUUCUGGCGAGCAAAGAAACACGAACAGGACAGUCCAAGAGUCACUUGAUCUUUUCAGCGGUGAAGACAAGCGCAUCAUAGACAAGUGGGCAACACAGACUGCAGUGCCUCCAAAGCAGGUGGACGCGUGCCUCCACGAGUUGUUCCAUCACCAAGUUCUCGCCCGUCCCGACGAAGAGGCGAUACGUGCUUGGGACAUGUCUGUCACAUAUGCUGAGCUCGACGACAUGUCAAACCUACUAGCUCACUAUCUCAUCUCUGAGAGGGGCCAUUCUAUGGGCGGCAGCUUGAUACCCUUUUGCAUGGAAAAGUCUGGCCGAGCACUCGUGGUUAUGCUGGCCAUCAUGAAGGCAGGGUGCGGCUAUGUUCCUCUAGAUCCAGGCCAUCCCAUCGACCGGCGAGCCCAGAUCAUCAGCGAUACAGGCAGUUCGAUUGUUUUUGUGACUCCGGAGACGGUCGCCGACUUUACUGGUGCCGCGGCUCCAGAGGCCAGCGGUGGUGCCAAGUUCAUCGUCGUGUCUCACGACUUCAUCAAGACACUUCAGUGCGGUGAUUCAGUCACACUGCCGGCGACGGAUCCGUCUGCCCCGGCGUACACACUGUUUACGUCGGGCAGCACUGGAAAGCCAAAGGGCGUGGUUGUGUCACACCGAGCGGCUUGCUCUGCACUCACAGCUCAGGCGCGCGCGUUCCUCAUGACACCAUCCACAAGGGCCAUCAACUUCGCCUCAUUUGUGUUUGACGCAUCUGUACUCGAGAUCUUUGGUACAUGGAUUUCCGGAGGGUGUGUUGCGGUGCCUUCUGACUCAAUUCGCCUCAAUGGCCUUGUGGCACGCUUCAUGACGGAGUCUCAGACAGACUGGGCUCUGUUCACGCCGACGUUUGCUACCACCUUGACUCCCCAAGAUGUCCCGACACUCAAAGUUCUGGUUUUGGGUGGCGAAGCUAUUCGAAAAGAAAACGUUGAGACCUGGCUCUCGAAAGUUUCACUCUUCAAUGCCUAUGGCCCAACAGAGGCAUGUGUAGCCACGGUCCAUCAUCGAAUCCUGUCAUCUACAGACAACGGGGUCAUUGGCAAGCCAGUUGGAUGCCGUGUUUGGGUUACACGGACGGACGACUACGACAAACUUGCUCCGGUUGGUUGUGCCGGCGAGCUUAUCAUCGAAGGCCCCGGUCUUGCGACGGGCUACCUACACGAUCGGGUCAAGACCGACGAUGCAUUCAUCAGGCCCUCAUGGCUCGUUCAUCAAAGCUCCGAUGCCCGAGCUUACCGCACUGGAGAUAUCGUACGGUAUACAGCGCACGGAGACCUGGAGUACCUUGGGCGCCGCGAUAGUCAGAUUAAACUACGUGGACAACGUCUCGAGGCUGGGGAGAUUGAGUAUCAGAUCAAGACUGCUCUUGGCGCCUCCAACCACUCGGGCGACGCGAAGUCUAACAGAGUUACCCAAGCCCAGGUAGCCGUUACGGCCCUCAAGGAUAUUUUGGCUCCCGGUGCUACGGAGCUCAUUGCCUUCAUCUACUUUGACCCAGUCGCCCACGAUGAGAGACAAGCCAGUGCUCCUUUACUAACCCCAAUGGAUGAAAAGCUUCGCCAUUCAGUCAAGAAACUGAUCGAAGCAUUGGUUCACGAGCUCCCCGAAUACAUGGUUCCGACACUAUUUGUGCCUGUUGUCAGGCUGCCGCUGAGCACGGCAGGCAAGGCGGAUACGCGCCACCUCAAUGGUCUGAUCCAAGAACUACCACGGGAUGAUUUACUUCAGUACUCCAUCAGCGUCAUCACGGGCGGGACACAAGCUAAGGAGCCACCCGAGAAUGAGAUGGAAGCGACGCUGCAGUCACUGUGGUCCUCCGUAUUGAGCAUCCCCAAGGAAGCCAUCGGUCGCAAUGGUCGUUUCCUCAAUGUCGGUGGCGACUCAGUCUCCGCUAUCCGUCUCGUCACUGCUGCAAGAGGCGCAGGAUUGAAUCUUAGUGUUUCGACAAUCUUCCAGCACCCUCGGCUCAGGGACAUGGCGCAAGCUUGCGCCGCGGCACAGGACGAAGAGGGCAAGCUGGAGGCCACGAGUGUUGAGCCCUUCUCCCUCCUGGAUCACGUCACGUCCAUGGACACAGUCGUGGAACUGGCUCGCAGAUCUUUCCAACCUCCCGUUCAAGAUCCUGCACAGAUCGUCGAUGCCUUCCCCUGCACUUCGUUGCAAGAGGGCAUGAUGGCGCUGACGGAUAAGGAGCCGGGGACCUACGUCGCUCGCCUGCCAUUCCGAGUUGGCAAGCAUGUUGACAUGGCCCAGUUCCGCGCUGCAUGGGAAGCUGUCGUUGCGGCGACGCCCAUCCUCCGCACGCGUAUUGUAUCCCUAGCCAAUGGCCGAGCGAUUCAGGUGGUUCUUGACGAGCCUCCAUUGUGGCGAGAGUACCGGGACGACGCUGGUCUAGACCUCAACAGCCAGCUAGCGAGAUACCUUGAACAGGACAAAAACGACGACAUGCGCUACGGCACCGCUCUCUCACGGUAUGCUGUGCUAACAUCGGCAAAGAGCGCAGAGCGUUUGUUCGUGUGGACGGCUCACCACGCCGUCUACGAUGGCUGGUCUCUCGAUCUCAUCCGCGGAAAAUUCAUGGAAGCAUACAACGGCGUCAAUAGCGCACAGAUCGCCCAGCAAAGUGUGUCAUACGCCAACUUUGUUGCCCACGUCGAGACCACACGUGAGCGUGGCGCAGAGUAUUGGCGCAAUGCCCUCAAGGGUGCCCGACCAGUCAACUUUCCCCGUCACAACCGCACCCGUGCCAACAACACGAAGGCGGAACGAACCAAUGCGUCUCUCAAGUCUCAAUUUGAAGUAGACGCGUUUAAGAAUCGCCAGAUUCGCCAUGACGAGGGGACGAUCGCGACGAAGGCGUCGUUCAUGCGUGCUGCUUGGGCUCUCGUCGUCUCUGCCCAUGCUGGUGGCGAUGGCAUCGGCGGCGAGCAGGACGUCGUGUUCGGCACCACGGUGUCAGGGCGCAAUGCGGCUGUUCCUGGCAUCGAAGGCAUCGUCGGCCCCGCAGUGACGACUGUUCCCCUCCGUGUUCUCGUUGACCCCGAAAUGACUGUGGCGACCUACCUCGAAGACAUCCAGUCGCAGAGCAACGACCUCAUCAUGUGCGAACAGUUCGGCUUGCAAAAUAUUGCGAAGCUUGGAGAAGACGAGAAGCAAGCUUGCGAGUUCCGCACGCUUCUUGUUGUCCACCCACCGGAGUUGGCCACGAAUGGCAGUCGCGCAACUGACUCCGAUGAGCCGCUCCUAAGUCCGCAUCUGCAAGAUGACGAGGAUGACGCCGAGAAGACCUUCUUCACAUACCCUCUGGUUUUCCAGUGCCAUUUGCCUGAGGAUGGCGGUCGAAUCGACAUCACCGUCACGUACUCGUCCUCGGUCGUCUCCAGCCGCCAAGUUGAGCAGAUCCUGGGCCACUUCAAACAGGCCGUCAAGUUGCUCGCCGAGGCCGCGAUCACGACAAAAGGUUCAAGCACGACGAACAGUGACCACACCUUGCUGUCGCAGCUAGACAUUGUCGGCUCAGAAGAUAUUGACCAGUUUGCUGCUUGGAACCAGGAAGAUGAACCAGUCAUUCAGUCCACCUGUGUCCAUCACUUGGUAGAGCAACAGGCUCAAUUGCGCCCCGGCGCGCUGGCGAUCAAUGCCUGGGACGGGCAGCUGACAUACGGAGAACUCAACCAGAUCGCGAAUCGGAUUGCGCACUUGCUGUACCACAAGCACAAUGUGCGCCCAGAGUCUCUUGUUCACGUCUGCUUCGAAAAGUCUGUCUGGUACUUCGUGUCUAUACUCGCCAUCAACAAGGCCGGCGGUGCGUGGGUACCUUUGGACCCUUCUCAUCCCACGACACGCCACCAGCAAGUCACCCGCCAGACAAAGGCCAAGCUGGUGCUUACCUCGCCGAAAAACAAGAGUCUGAUGGAUGGUCUCAUCGAUACUGUUCUUGAAAUUACGCCAGAGCUUGAUCAGCAGCUCCUUGCCGACAAGAACUCGAGUACUCGAGCACAACAUAGCGAGACCGGGCCUCCAGCUGACGUCGGGCCUCAAAAUACAGUCUACGUACUGUUCACGUCCGGUAGCACUGGAAUCCCCAAGGGAUUCGUCAUGGAGCAUGGCGCGGUAGCUAUUAGUCAAAGGGCUAUCGCAAAGCGAUUGAAGAUGACACCGCACGUCAAGAUGCUGCAGUUCGCCGCGUUUGUCUUCGACCUCUGCAUCGGAGAGAUCAUUGCGCCGCUCAUUACUGGAGCCACUAUCUAUGUUCCAUCCGAACACGAUAGAAUGAACCGCCUUCCGGAGUACAUCAGAGACAUGGGCAUCAACUGGGCCUUUUUAACCCCCGCCUUCGUGCGAACAAUCCGUCCUGAGCAAGUACCCAGCCUAGAGCUCGUACUUCUAGCCGGUGAGGCUGUCGGUCGCGACAUCUUGGAUACUUGGUUCGGAAAAGUACGACUGGUCAACGGCUGGGGCCCAGCCGAAACUUGCGUCUUUAGCACUCUCCAAGAGUGGACGUCUCUGGACGAGUCUUCCAUCACGGUGGGCAAGCCCGUCGGAGGCUACUGCUGGAUUGUGGACGCAGCGAAUCCCCAUCGGCGCGUUCCUGCAGGUUGCGUUGGAGAGAUUGUCAUUCAAGGACCGACGAUUACAAGAGAGUAUCUUGCCAACCCAACUAUGACCAAUGCCACGAUCAUUGCAGGCGAUGAUUUGCCCUCGUGGGCACCGCGGAGAGCCGACCCCCACUGGAACCGCUUCUACAAGUCCGGCGACCUUGGCUUCUACAACCCUGACGGCACGAUCGAAUUCUGUGCUCGCAAGGACACCCAAGUCAAAAUCCGUGGCUUGAGGGUGGAGUUGGGUGAAGUUGAGCAUCACGUUCGAAGCUGCCUCGAGGAUGCGCCGCAAGUAGUCGUUAUCCUUUUGAAUGGUGACGCUGGCUCCAACGGUGCAUCGACGAGUGCCAAGCUUGUCACUUUCUUCUGCUUCUCGCACGACUCCAAGACUGCUGGCGUGGACCUCGACUCUGAUCUUGCGACCGUUGCGGAAGAAAUGCUUCUGCCUAUCAGCGAGGAUCUCCGUGCUCGCCUCGUGUCAAUGACCUCCCAGCUCAGCGUCUCUCUGCCCCGAUACAUGGUCCCAACUCUCUUUAUUCCUUGCCGAUACAUGCCCUUCAUCACUUCGACCAAGAUUGACCGCAACAAGUUGCGCGAUAUCGCUGCUCAAAUGUCAUCUGAGGAAAUGAUGGCUUAUUCCUUUGUGGACAGUGUCAAACGUCCUCCCGAAACAAAGAUAGAGACGCUGCUGCAGAAAAUUUGGGCAGAGAUUCUUAACAUUCCAACGUCCAGCAUUGGUCGGGAUGACAGUUUCAUCGCUCUCGGGGGUGACUCCAUUGCCGCCAUUCGCCUCACCACCAUCGCAAGAGAUCAUGGUGUCGAAGUAACCGUUGGCAACGUCUUCAACGAUCCAAGGUUGCUGAAGGUGGCCGAGGUGGCAGUUGACUUGCGAAAUGACAGCGACUCUCCCUCGGCUACUUGGGAUCACUUGGCUCCGCAGCCGUGGGCUCUGCUACCCCAAGGUUUUGGUGAAGACGAUAUCGAACAGGCUGCUAAGGCACAGAUCGCCCUUCCCCACGAACCUCUAAUUGUCGAUGCGUAUCCUUGCACAGCACUCCAAGAGGGCUUGAUGGCGCUUUCGGUCAAACAACCCGGAUCCUACAUUGCUCGUUUCUCGUACCAGCUGGGUCGUGAUGUGAGCGUUGGUACGUUCAAGGAGGCCUGGGAAAGUGUUGUGAGGACUUGCAGCAACCUUCGCACGAGAAUUAUCCGACUCCCUCACGGCGGCAGCGUUCAAGUCGUACUCCAGAGCGAGGCAGCAUGGGAGUCCACGAUGGAAAUGACCCUCCACGAAUACAUCAGCUCCUCGAGAGGUACCACCAUGACGUACGGCUCACCACUGAGCCGUUGUGCGCUCAUCGAAGGGGUCAACAAUUAUUUCGUGUGGGAUAUUCACCAUGCCGUGUACGAUGGCUGGAGCAUGAACCUCAUGAUGGAUUUGCUCCACCGAACCUAUGGUCAAUCUGUCGGUCUCAUCGCCCCAGCUCAGGUCACGGCUUCCCCGGUUUCGUAUGCUAGCUUCAUCCAGUAUACUAUGCAUCUGGAUCAAGACGCGGCUGCUCAAUACUGGAGAUCGCAGCUCAAUAGGGCUACAAAGGCCUCGUUCCCGCCACAGACUCGUCGGUCAGCAGAGUCAACGACACGCACAGUAGUUCGAAGCAUUGCAUUCUCCCAUCCCAAGGAUGUCGGAGUAGUCAGAGCGACAGUCAUCCGCGCGGCUUGGGCCUUGGUUCUCGCAGCCUAUGCAGACCACGCAUCCGACAUCUGCUUCGGAGCCACGGUCUCUGGGCGACAGGCUCCUGUAGCAGGGAUUGAGAAGAUUGCAGGCCCUCUCAUUGCGACGGUCCCCAUCCGCGUCCGGCUCGAUCGCAGGCAGCUUGUGUCAGACUUCCUGAUGUCCAUCCAACGACAGGCCACGGACAUGGUCAAUUAUGAACAGUAUGGGCUGCAGCGCAUCGCGCGGCUGAGCCGCGGCGCAAAGGCAGCCACUGAGUUUUCGACGCUCCUGGUCAUCCAACCCAAGCACAUUGUGUCUGCGGACAAGUCGAGUGACCCGGAGAAUACAACGAUGAAGCUCAUCAACAGCGACGAGGACGUCGUUGAUGGUGUUUCCACCAUUGACAACUACUUCACCUAUCCUCUCGUUGUCCAAGGUCACUUGUCGGACACGGACGUCCAACUGCAUCUCAUUUACGACACUGGAUAUCUGGAAGAGACCGAAAUGACAACUCUUGCGGAGCAACUUGAGAACGUCGUUCAUCAACUUGUGCAAUUCUCCGCAGGGGACAAGACGCUCGCCGAAGUCACUCUGACCGGGCCAGUCGACAUCCAAAAGGCUGUGCAAUGGAAUAGCAGCGGCUCGCGGCCUAUGGACGUGGACCUCAACGGGGCUGCCUCUCCGACGUUCAGGAGCCAUGUCGAGCACCAGAGCAUGAUUCGACCCAAUUCUCCCGCUGUGCAGUCUCCAGAUGGGACGCUGACCUAUGCCCAACUUUACUCGCUUUCGCAAGCACUGGCAGGUCAUCUCCAGCGGAAAGGUCUAGUCCAGCAAGGGGAUUUUGUGCCCUUGUGCCUUGAUCAAUCCUUCUGGAUGCCAGUCUCCAUGCUCGCGGUCCAUUUGCUUGGAGCCGCGUUUGUGCUCUUCGACUGGCAGGCGGAUAUCUCGGAUGCGGAGCGUAUCUUCAAGGACGUGGGCGCCCGUUCCGUCCUAUGCCUCCGAAACAAUGUCCCGACCGACCUCGCAAACUGCGGAAUUACCGUUGUCGAACUCUCAGGCGAGAUCCUUCAGCAAACUCAAAACAUCUGUGAUGCUUCAGUUACCUCUAGUGGCGUGUCGCACGUACUUUUCCCUACUUCGGAGGACGGCGAGCCAGCCAAGGGGGUGGUCAUGGAGCACCUGGCGACGUGUGCAGCGCAUUUACAGCUUCGCGACAGCUUGGGUCUCACGUCGGAAGAUCGCGUGGCGAACCUGGCAGCAAGCAACUCCGAGGUCUUUGUCUCUGAAAUCAUGACGACUCUCAUGUCUGGGGCCACGCUAUGCAUACCUGCAACGAUGUAUACUUCGUCCGAGCAGGACCUUUCGCGAUACCUCGACCAGGCAGAUGUCAGCUGGGCAGUACUAUCUGCCGCGCAAGCGUCGGGGUUGCAUCCGAGCAACGUGCCAAAGCUUCACGGUAUUGUAGUGCGAGCGACAGCAUCGCUUAUUAACCUGGACAACUGGACUAAUGCGUCUGACACCCGCCGCACACUUUACGCCUUGUCUACGCCGGAGUCCGGUUUUGCGACAUUGCACCAAGUGGCGUCCAAGCUAGACGAAGCAACCCUCGGUCGCCCUCUUGGACUUACAAGGUGUUGGCUUGUCGAUCCCGUGAACAAGCAACGUCUUGCUCCGGUCGGCUGUGUUGGCGAGCUGGUCAUACAGGGCCCUACUCUGGCGAAGGAGUACCUGAAUAGCCCAGACGAAACGUCCAAAGCGUUCCUCAGUGCCCCCGUAGACACAAGCGCCCAUGGUGAAGCAGCGCUGCACAUCCCUUCAGAUCACCGGUGCUUCCAGACCGGCAUUUACGCCAAAUAUAGGCCAGAUGGGACUAUCAUUUUGGUUGGCCAAGUCCAGUUCGGCAACUCUGAGCAUCGAAUCAUGGAGGUAGCCCCCAAAGGCAUUGCUCAGGCAAUCGUCGCAAGGGGCAAGACGGGCGAGCUUACGGCGUUCCUGGCACUCGAUAACCAGGCCGUGCCCACGAAAUCUUCUUCAAAUCACGCCGACCUGUUCGUGGAGAUGUCGUCCUUGAGUGAUAGCUUGAGCUCUAAGCUUGUCGAUUUUAUCGGUGACCUGGAGACCAUUCUACCCGGACACAUGCUGCCCCACGAUUUCGUCUUGGUCCGUUCGAACGGCAUCCCUCUCGUGGCCUCGGGGUCGCCAUGCCGUUCACAGUUACUUCAAGCGAUGGAUGCGCUCACAGACGAGCAGCUUUUGGCUGUUAGCGUGUCAAAGACUGUCCACAGCCAAGAUCACCCGGAGACUUUGUCCAACUUGGAGAUGCAACUGGCCGAUAUUUGGGCGCAGGUGCUGGGCGUCGCCGACGCGAGACACAUCGGUCGACAGGACAACUUCUUCAAGAUCGGUGGCGACUCUAUCAGCGCCAUUGACCUCGUCUCUAAAGCCCGACAGCGCGGCAUCAGCUUGACCGUCGCUGGGAUAUUUGCCAACCCAAGGCUUGUCGACAUGGCGAGCGCCGCAACAUUCGAUAAUACUGCUGAGGCUGAACCGGUCCCGUCUCAUGUCCCCGCGUUCAGCCUUCUCUCGUCAUCCGACGACAGGGACAAAGGAAAGGCUGAAGUCAUUGCAGAGGCCUCGAAGCAAUGCAAAGUUAGCAGUGCCGAGAUUGGGGAUGCUUUCCCUUGUUCUUCACUUCAGGAGGGCAUGCUGGCGUUGGCAGAAAAGCAGAGAGGCUCAUACAUGGGCCGUUUCGUCGUCAGACUACCCAAGAAGAUGGACGUUGACCGGUUCACGUCAGCGAUGGUGGUCAUGGUCGAGCAAUGUCCCAACUUGCGCACGAGGAUCAUCAUGUCCCCGAGCCAAGGCCGCCAGAUUCAGGUCAUCAUCAACAGACCCAUAAGCUGGGAACAGGCUCCCUCGCACACGUCUCUCGCCGAGUGCUUAGCCGCACCCGUGUCACACGCUGCCUACGGAGGUCCCCUGUCCACUUAUAUGAUGGUCCAUGACGAGGCCUCUGACCAGACGUGCAUCAUUUGGGAGAUUCACCACUCGAUCUACGAUGGAUGGACGCUGAGCCACAUGAUUCAAGUCCUCCAUCGAGCCUACGAGGGGCAGUCCCCCGUCUCCCCUCGCACGCCAAUCUCCUUCUCCAAGUACGUUGAACACGCCUUGUCGACGAGCGACGAGGAGAUCCGCUCCUUCUGGCAGUCCCAGCUAGUCGACGCCAAUACGGCCAAGUUUCCGGACACCACACAAGGCUCCCCUGCCGAUGUGCGAUCUGAUGGAGUCAUGACUUACUCCCUGCGAGUACCCGCUGAGCAUCGGGCAUCGGGCAUCACCACAGCCAACCUUUUGCGGGCUUCUUGGGCCCUUGUCUUGGACCGAUACCUCAACAGCGACAAUGAGAGCACCGACAAUGUCGUGUUCGGGGCCACUGUAUCCGGGCGUGAUGCAUCAAUCCCCGGGAUCCUGGGCAUUCUGGGUCCAACGAUUGCCACCGUUCCCGUCUGCGUCCGCUUUGGUGACCGCCGCGCAACCACGGUGGGCGACUACCUGGUUGCGGUUCAGGACCAGACCAACGCGAUUGUGCCGUACGAGCAUAUUGGCCUGCACAACAUCUCACGCGUCAUUGGCAACGCUGAUGCUACCGCGUUCCAUAACCUCCUGAUAAUCCAGCCCCGAAUGGGCCCUCAAUCGGGUGAUUCGCAAGGCGAAACCGAGAACCAGCGGGAUAUUGACAUCGUGGACAAGACCAUGGAUGACAACGAGAGCUACUACACCUACCCGCUUGUCUUCCAGUGCGUACUUGGCGAUGACGGCGAUGUUUCUGUGACUGCUACCUUUGAUAGCCGGUCUAUCUCGCAGGCGCAGAUGGAAGUCCUCUGCAGACAGUUUGAAACUGCUGUCCGACAACUGGGCGACCAGUCCACGACAGAGUGUGUGCUCAGCGAAGUCAACUUGUUCACCCCUGAGGACUUCCAAAUCGUACAAGCUUGGAACUGCGAGCCUGACCGACCAUUCAGCGCCGAUGAGGGCGGCGAGGACAGCUGCCUUCAUCACGGCGUCGAGCGAUGGGCCUUUAGUGAACCAAACCGCCCGGCCGUCGUGUCAACUGCGCACGGCACGCUGUCAUAUGCGGAUCUCAACCGCAUGUCAGGACAGCUUGCACACCACUUGCAAACGCAGCUUGGCAUUGGCCCGGAGACACGAGUGCCUGUUUGCAUGGAAAAGACACCUCUCGCCAUUGUCGCUAUCCUAGCCAUCAUGAAAGCCGGCGCCACAUUCGUUCCACUUGAGCCAUCUCAUCCCAUCGAACGCCGGCGAGCCAUUAUAAGUCAAGUCGGCGCUCGUCUGCUUCUCGUUUCCCCGUCGCUGGCCGAGGAGUGCCGUGGCAUGGCAGAAGCAGUGGUGGAAAUUGAACCAGCCUUGUUCUCCAUCCACAGUACGGUCCAAACGCUGCCACACGUCUCGCCCCAGAGUACCGCGUACAUCCUAUACACGUCAGGAUCUACGGGAACGCCCAAAGGAAUUGUUGUGCCCCAUGCUGCGGCGUGUACCAGUGUCCGAGGAUCCGCUUCCUCGGAAGGCUACAACCUGAAUCCCAUGAGCAGGGUGCUUCAGUUCUCGAGCUUCGUGUUCGAUGUCAGCAUCGCCGAGAUAUUCGGCGCCUUCAUGUUUGGCAGCACCCUCGUCAUGCCCUCUAAUCCAGAGCGGCUGUCAGACAUCUCUGCCUUCAUCCAAGUCAACAAGGUCAACACGGCCAUGUUCACGACCUCUUUCGCCAAGACCCUCGAGCCAGACAAUGUGGCCUCGCUCUCGACCCUCGUCCUUGUCGGCGAGCCUCCGACCCGAGAGAGCCUGACGAAAUGGAUUGGCCGUGUAGACAGACUAGUCAACGCCUAUGGCCCGUCUGAGACUGUCAUGUUCUGCGGAACGCACGUCUUUACUUCGGAAACGGAGAUGCCUUCAACCAUUGGCAGGGGCGUUCCUCACGUCGGCAUCACCUGCUGGAUCACCGAAAUCGACAACACGCAGCGUCUCGCACCCCUUGGUUGCAUCGGCGAGAUUGUUGUUCACUCGGGUUCGCUAUCAAGUGGCUACCUCAACGACGAAGCCAGGACAACUGCCGCCUUCUUCCACGGCGUGCCCUGGCUAACACCGACGCCGAAAGAUAGACAACUCCAGGAUAGCUACUCAUGGUACCAGACAGGCGAUCUUGGGCGCUACAAUCUUGAGACCGGCAUGAUUGAGUAUCUCGGGCGCCGCGACACACAAGUCAAGUUACGCGGCCAGCGUCUCGAAACCGCAGAGACGGAGCAUCAUGUCAAGCGACUUCUUCCUGGUGUGGAGCAUGCCGCUGUCGAUGUCGUCAAGCGCGAUGGAAGGGAAAUGCUUGCUGCAUUUAUCGGGUUUGUCCACCACAGCACCCAUGCCAUUGAUACCGAUGAAAAGGAACCGGCCUUCGCUCCGAUCACCGACUCCCUUCGAACCGCUCUUGUCGGCGUCACAGAAGGUCUCAAGCAGGUUCUUCCCAUUUACAUGGUCCCAACGCUUUUUGUUCCAGUCACACGCAUGCCAUUCAACAACUCCCUGAAGCUGGAUCGACGCAAGCUGCAACACAUGGUGGAGCAGGUAGCUACCCAAGACUUACUGGCCUUCUCCGUGGCCGCUGGUCAAGGCAGCAACGCUGUCAACAUUCCACCGGCGACUCCGACGGAGUGCGUGCUUCAGGCGAUCUGGGCGCAGGUUCUCGGCAUCGAGGAGCAAACUAUUGGCAGAGAAGACACGUUCAACCAGCAUGGCGGCGACUCGAUUGCAACCAUUCAGCUUGUGUCGGUGGCCAAUCAACACGGCGUCAACAUCACCGCUGCCGAGGUCUUCCAGCACCCUCGCCUCCAAGAGAUGGCUGCUUGCGUCGACGCGAAGAGCGACGAUCCCGCCCCGGCGGAUCAAAAUUUGAAGCCUUUCGCCCUGCUGUCUGACAUCAGCCCCCGUGCCACCAUCGUUCAAGAGGUUUCACGACAGUGUGACACACCGGAAUCCAGCAUCUCGGAUGCGUUCCCUUGCACGCCCCUUCAGCAGGGUCUUAUCGCACUCGCCGAGAAACAGCCCGGAUCCUACGUGGCACGGUUUGCUUUGCACCUUCCCGUGCAUGUUGAUAUGGACCGGUUCCAGCUGGCCAUGGAAGGCAUGUACCAGGACUGCAGCAAUCUGCGCACCCGGAUCGUCCUACUAGAAUACGACGAGCUCGUCCAGGUCGUAGUCGAUGAGGACUUGCCCUGGACCGAGAUACACGGCCAAGAACCAACGCUGGAAGGUGUGCUCCAGAACCGGACUGAUCUUCAAUGGUCUGCUGGCUUUGGACAACGUCUGUGCCGCUUCUUCCUCGUUCACGACGGCUCAGGGUUCAGCCAUCUGGUUUGGGACAUCCACCACUCCAUCUACGACGGCUGGUCAAUCGGCUUGAUGCUAGACCUGGCUCAGAAACGAUACAACCAGGACAGCGCCGUCAAGAAGCCCAUCUCGUUCGCCCACUACGUCAAGUAUAUCAUGGCGGCAUCGGCAGAGCCAAGCUCGGCCAAGUCAUACUGGCAGUCUCGCUUUGCCAACGUCAACAUUAGCCACUUUCCAAACGCAUCAAAUGACAAUGAAGUGGACUCCUCCGACCAAGAGGCUACAACAGAUGCGACAAUGAAGCAUGAGCUCUCGUGGUCGACACAACAUGCUCUCCCGAACGGUGUUACCCUGCCCACAAUCCUCCGCUCAGCCUGGGCGCUCGUCCUAUCGCGAUAUACGGACAGCAAUGACGUCGUGUUCGGUAACACAGUGACAGGACGUAACGCAUCGGUACCUGGCAUCGUCAACAUCGUCGGUCCAACCAUUGGCACUCUGCCUGUCCGGGUGCGGAUCCAUGACAACGAGCAAGCAGACGCCACCGUCCACCAAUUCCUCGAGAGGAUGCAGCAAGAGUCCAAUGACAUGGUCCCUUUCGAGCACGUCGGUCUCCAAACCAUCGCUCAAAUGGGCAAGGAAUUGCGCGAGGCGUGCAAUUUCCAGAACCUGCUUGUCAUUCAACCCGGCGGUCGCCGCGGUGCAUCAGAGACAAAGUCCACGUUCGAGGAGGUCAACUUCUUCGACAUCGACGACCUGACGUCCUCCUCGAGCGGCAACUCACAGCGUUACCAUGUGUAUCCGCUGGUCUUCCAGUGCAUCAUCGAGUCAACGAACUCGGUUCGACUCUUAGCCACUUAUGACACGAGAUCCCUGCCCAUGGCAACCAUGGAGGCCAUCUGCCACCACUUCUCGCAGGCUGCUACGCAAUUAGUAGGGGCGGCCUCGUCAACACACACCAUACCGCUCUCAUCGAUUGCGCUGACCUCGAAGUACGACGUUGAGAAGGUUCUUGGCUGGACAAGCGAUCCUUCAAGAAUAAUCCGGCCAUGGGACGCAUGCGUGCAUGACCUUGUGUCGCAGCAAGCGAGGAGCAACCCGCCCAACAAGGAGGCAAUCUACGCCUGGGACGGUACCAUGACAUACGCAGAACUGGAUCAAGUUUCUUCUCAACUCGCGGCGCACCUACAACAACUUGGAGUCGGCCCCGAGGUAUUCGUUCCAAUUUGCUUUGAGAAGAGCAUGUGGACAAUCGUCGCCAUGCUCGGCAUCAUGAAGGCUGGCGGUGCGUUCGUUCCACUAGAUCCAGCGCAUCCACCAGCUCGACGGGAGGCCCUCGUCCAAGAUAUUGGUGGUGUGCGAUUAAUACUCGCGUCGCCGUCCACCGCACCAUCCUGUGCCAAUAUCCCUGCCGAGGUUAUGGUUCUCUCGCCAGCCUUGAUUUCGCAGCUGCCCAGUACCUCCACGACCCAGGACGCGCUCUCUCCAUCGCCCGUGACCUCACGGAGCGCAGCAUACGCCAUCUUUACUUCUGGCUCGACCGGCAAGCCCAAAGGCGUCGUCAUGGAGCACUACUCCCUCUGCUCGAGCAUCCGUGGCCACGCGACCGAUAUUGGCCUCAAUGCUGAGUCUCGAGUACUCCAAUUCUCCAACUACGUUUUUGACGUCAGCUUGGGCGAGAUCCUCAGCACGCUCGUCUUCGGCGGCACUGUGUGCGUUCCGUCCGACACGCAGCGCCUUUCGGGUGGCGAGCUCCCUUCAUUCAUGGCACAGAGUCGCGCAAACGUCGCCAUGUUCACGCCGUCCGUGGUGAGCAUUCUCAGCCCCAGCGACGUUCCCACGCUCAAGACGUUGGUCCUCGGAGGCGAGGCCCCGACGCGCGACAAUCUGCAGACAUGGGGCGAGCAUGUCAAAUUGGUCAACGGCUACGGCCCGGCGGAGGCUUGCAUCUACUGCAGUGCCUUUGAAAUGCCCAAAUCGACGCCCUACCCCAAUGUCGUGGGCCGCGGUUCAAACUUCAACCUCUGGGUUGUGGACGUGGAUGAUCCGACCCGCCUGGCCCCCAUCGGCUGUACCGGCGAGAUACUGCUCGAGGGCCCGGGCUUGGCAAGGGGCUACCUGAACAACAAAGAGGCAACCUCGAGAGCGUUCAUCGAACUCGAAGAGGCCGACUGGUUCGAUCAGGAGCCAGGACAAAUCAGGAGGCGCUUCUACAAGACCGGGGAUCUGGCCCGGUAUACGACGGAUGGAACAGUACAGUACCUGGGCCGAAAGGACACCCAAGUCAAGCUUCAUGGACAGCGGAUCGAGCUUGGCGAGAUCGAGCAUCAAGUCAAAAAGAUGGCAUCAUCACGCGGUCUCGCGGAGCACGUCGUCGUCGACAUUGUCCAGAAAGACGGCCAACCCACACUAGCGGCCAUCGUGAGCCUCGCGGCCGUUGGGAAUGGGUUGAAUGGUACAAUUCCCGUAAUGAUGAUGAUGAUGACAGAUGCCCUCCGCGUCAAGUUUUCUAGCCUCGCCGCCGAUGUUGGCGCCGUGUUGCCCCGUUACAUGGUGCCUCAAUACUUCAUACUGGCUUCGCACCUGCCAGCUACAGCAUCAAGCAAAAUCGACCGCACGACAUUACGAGGACGCGUCAACGAGCUGUCAAGUGCAGACUUGAGAGCAUACUAUAUCGAGCCAAGCGGGGAUACAUCAACGCAAGUUGGCAGUUCGGUAGCCCCCAAAGAGCCAUCUAACGACCUGGAACGUGAGUUGCAAAAGGUAUGGGCUCGAGUACUCAAUCUGAGCCCCGAUGUCAUCGGCAUCGACGACAGCUUCUACCGCCUCGGAGGCGACUCUAUUCGAGUAAUUACCAUGGCCAAACGCGUCAAGGAGGAGUUUGGGGUGUCACUUGGUUUGGGACAAGUCACCGGGCAAGGUACAACCAUCGCGAGACUGGCCAUCGCCAUCGAGGCAGCUCUCACGGCGAGUACAUCGAGUUCUCCGACCAUCGCAACGCCAGAGGACAACGUACACGUCGACCUGCAAAGUGAGAUUGCGACGCUUACGGCCACGCUCACCAACAACGCAACGCAAUCGCUCCCAGAGGCGAUGGUCUCCGUCGCGACACCAGCUACUGUGUUUCUCACGGGCGCAACGGGCUUCCUAGGAACCGAGAUUCUGCGCCAACUCUUAUUCUCGUCGAGUGUGGCGCGCGUCAUUGCGUUGGUACGUGCUCGAUCGGAAAAGGAGGGUGUCGAGCGGAUAGAGAAGACUGCCAGGACCAUCGGCUGGUGGUCUGGUGUUGGUGCAGUUGAGCAGGAAAAGCUCGAGGUAUGGACUGGAGAUCUCUCAGCUCCCCGACUCGGACUCGGAUCAGCCAAGUGGGAGCAGCUCGUCAGCAGUGUCGACGCAAUCAUCCACAACGGCGCCGUUGUCAAUUGGCAAGCCGACUUUGAGACCCUGCGCGCCGUCAAUGUAUCGUCUACCGUCGACCUCCUAUCUGCCGCCAUGGCAAACAACAGCCGAAGCAAGCUCGUCUACGUGUCUGGUGGCAUCAAAUUAGUCGAUACGCAAGAGGACCAGUCUGGCGUCGCCGCUGAGCUUUCCCGCGGAGGAACGGGUUACAUGCAGACCAAGUUUCUGGCCGAGAGCCUUGUGAACAAUACGGCCGCGCAUCUCACGCGUCAAUCGUCUCUGUCCCAUGGUCAGCAGAACCGCGUGUCCGUCGUCAAACCAGGCGUCAUCUUGGGCGCUGGUGCUCACGGCGCCGCAAAUGUCGACGACUAUCUUUGGCGGGUGGUGGCGUCCGCCGCCGCCGUCAACGCAUAUCCGUCAGAGCCGGACGAUCACUGGCUCUACCUAGAUGAUACUGCGUCCGUCGCGAGGUCUAUCAUCAGUCAGCUCGAGCUCGAUGUGCCCACGUCGAGCACGUUGGCGUCCUUUGUUGAUCUGCAGCGUGGCAUGACCGUUUCUGCGUUCUGGGACCUUGUCGAUGCGGCACUCGCCACCACUGCCAGUGGGAGACAACCCGAUGCAGGUCUCAAGUCUCUGUCUUGGGACGAAUGGACGCGCAUCGCCCUGGCGCAGAUGGAAGGCGUGGGCGAACAACACCCCUUGUGGCCCGUACAAGACUUCCUUGGCAUGCUGGGGACGGGACACAGUCCGGCGGACUCGGCCCUGAGAAGCGAUGGAGAGUUGGAAGACGUUGUGAGGAGGAACGUGCGAUACCUGGUGGAGCAAGAAUUCAUCGGCGGCGCCGUCAACGGGAGCAAGGGUGGCGCGUUUCGACGGACGGCCUUGAACCCGAAGUCAGAGGAGAAGUGACGGACGAGUGCUUUCAUUCACGGGGAGCGUGAACAACGGUCCCCGCUCAGUUCUGCUGCUCCACACACCCUGACAACUCAUGCAAGUGCUUCGUACUUGGUUCGGAGGUGAGACAAUACGCGUUCAGCCGCUCACGCUGCGCAUGCAGCCCGGCCUGAAUCAACGGGGGUGACAUGCGCAGUUUUCUUUUGUUCGUAUACUGUAUAUAGUUUUUCCGGCAAUUCCUUGGGUAUUUCCCAUUGACGAAUUUCACAAUGACGUUGAUUUCACGCCACAGGAGACGGCUGAAGCUCCCGG